AAACUCAUUCGAAGAGCACUUGGAAGUAUUACUCCACUUAAAAGCCUUUGCUCCAUUUACUCCAUUCAAAAUAUUCAGAGCAUAUCCCAAGAGCACUUAAAGCUUAUAAUCAGAGUAAGAUUUAUAGGUCAAUGGAUCGAUCAUAGGGUGGCUAGUCAGUUAGACACUCUAGCCUAAGAAAUUGAGAUCCAUGAUCCAUGCAUACUAUUCAAAAAUCACCAUAAAUACCCAUGAUCUCCAUCUCAACAUCUCCCACCAAAACACCACCCACACAUCCACAAAUGGCCAACACCACCAGUCUCCUCCUCUUCACCACCCUUCUCCUCCUCCACUCAUCCUCCUCCUCCUCCACCGCCGUCCAUCGCCGAUUCGCCCAAUCAUACCCCGCCGCGAUCGCAGAAUUCCUCAACGGCCACAACACGCUGCGGGCGAGCUGCAACCUCCCCCCGCUCCAAUGGAGCACGACGCUGGCCAGCUACGCCCGGUGGUGGGCGAACCAGCGGAAGGGCGACUGCGCGAUGAUCCACUCCAGCAGCAACUACGGGGAGAACAUAUUUUGGGGACAGGGGGACGAGUGGACGCCCACCGAGGCGGUGCAGGCGUGGGAGGACGAGGCGGCGUACUACAACUACGGGUCGAACACGUGCAUGCCGAACAGGGACUGCACGCAUUACACGCAGAUGGUGUGGGGCAGCACCACCAGCGUCGGGUGCGCGAGGAUCAAGUGUUUGAGCGGGGAUACGUUUAUCGUGUGCGAGUAUGAUCCGCACGGUAAUAUCUAUGGACUGAGGCCGUAUUAGAACGUAGUAAUGGGUAAUAUUGGGUCACCAACUUCCUUGACAGGCCGUAUUAGAACGUAGUAAUGGGUAAUAUUAGGUCACCAACUUCCUUCACCUUCCCGUUAGUAUUUCAUUUGAUCCACAUAUGGAGUUAUUCCAUUUCAUGGGCUAGUUAGAUCCCGUUCCGCUUAACUUUUAGCACUUUUGUUUUUAUUUAAUUUUUUUUUGUU